UCCUUCCCAAGCACCAGAGGAGGCCUCAGCUCCCAAGGGGCUACGAAGUUGGAGCACUGGGGAGGGGGAAGAACUGAGCCAGACUUUGGCAAGAUCCCCUCCCCCGCACCAGGAAGCAUGAACAGGAAAGACAGCAAGAGGAAGUCCCACCAGGAAUGCCCAGCAAAAACAGGGGGGCGGGGCCGGCCCCGACAGGCCCGGCGCCACAAGACAUGCCCCAGCCCCCGGGAAAUCAGCAAGGUCAUGGCUUCCAUGGCUCUGGGCAUGCUGAAUGAGGGCGGCUGCAGCGAAGAUGAGCUGCUGGAGAAAUGCAUUCAGUCCUUCGACUCAGCUGGCAGCCUGCGCCGCGGGGACCACAUUCUCAACAUGGCACUGGCCAUGCACAGCUGGGUGCUGCCCUCUGCCCACCUCGCCACCCGUCUGCUGACCUUGUACCAGGAGGCCACAGGGAACACACAGGAGCUGAAGCGGCUGCAGAUCUGUCACCUGGUCAGGUACUGGCUGACCCAACACCCUGAGACAGUGCAUCAAGAGCCUCAGUUAGAAGAGGUUAUAGGUCGCUUCUGGGCCACCGUGGAGCAGGAGGGCAACUCUGCCCAGAGGAGCCUGGGAGACUCCUCCAGCCUCCUGAGCCCCGGUGGCCCAGGCCCCCCGCCCCCUCUGAGCAGCCCAGGCCUCGGCAAAAAGCGCAAAGUGUCCUUGCUCUUCGACCACCUGGAGACGGGGGAGCUGGCUCAGCACCUCACUUACCUGGAGUUCCGGUCCUUCCAGGCCAUCACGCCCCAGGAUCUGCGGGGCUACGUUUUGCAGGGCUCUGUGCGGGGCUGCCCGGCCCUGGAAGGAUCCGUAGGUCUCAGCAACAGCGUGUCCCGCUGGGUGCAGGUCAUGGUGCUGAGCCGUCCGGGACCCGCACAGCGCGCGCAGGUGCUGGACAAGUUCAUCCACGUGGCACAGAGGCUCCGCCAGCUACAGAAUUUCAACACACUGAUGGCGGUCACGGGGGGCCUGUGUCACAGUGCCAUCUCCAGACUCAAGGACUCCCAUGCUCACCUGAGCCCUGACAGCACCAAGGCCCUGCUGGAGCUGUCUGAGCUCCUUGCUGCCCACAACAACUAUGCCCGUUACCGCCGCACCUGGGCCGAGUGCACAGGCUUCCGGCUGCCUGUACUGGGCGUGCACCUCAAAGACCUGGUGUCCCUGCAUGAGGCCCAGCCCGACAGGUUCCCAGACGGCCGCCUGCACCUACCCAAACUCAACAGCCUCUACCUGCGGCUGCAGGAGCUGGCAGCCCUACAGAGGCAGCACCCGCCCUGCACCGCCAACGAGGACCUGCUGCAUCUGCUCACGCUUUCCCUGGAUCUCUUCUACACGGAGGAUGAGAUCUAUGAGCUUUCUUACGCCCGGGAGCCCCGCUGCCCCAAGAGUCUGCCACCCUCCCCUUUCAAAGCGCCCCUGGUGGUGGAGUGGGCCCCUGGCGUGACACCCAAGCCUGACAGGGUCACCCUGGGUCAGCAUGUGGAGCAGCUGGUGGAGUCUGUGUUCAAGAAUUAUGACCCUGAAGGCCGAGGAACCAUCUCUCAGGAGGACUUUGAGCGAUUCUCAGGCAACUUCCCCUUCGCCUGCCAUGGACUUCACCCACCGCCCUGCCGGGGGAACAGCUCCUUCACCCGAGAAGAGCUGACGGCGUACCUCCUCCGGGCCAGCGCCAUCUGCUCCAAGCUGGGCCUGGCCUUCCUGCACAGCUUCCGUGAAGUCACCUUCCGCAAGCCCACCUUCUGUGACAGCUGCAGCGGCUUCCUCUGGGGAGUCACCAAGCAAGGCUACCGCUGUCAGGACUGUGGGCUGUGCUGCCACAAACACUGCAGAGACCGUGUGAAGGUGGAGUGUAAGAAGAGGCCAGGGGCCAAGGGCGAUGUGAGCCCCCCCGGAGCCCCCGGCCCACCCACACCAGCUCCCCAUGCCAGCUGUGGCACUGAGGACAACCUCUCCUACACACUAUCCCUGGAGCCGGAGACCAAGUACCACCUCUGCCAUGCUUGGACUCAGACAGAGCCCCCACACCCUUCCUGGGAACCGGAGACGGUGCCCCUCGAACGAGGGCCUCGCCCACCCAGUCCUCCAAGCUGAAUUCCCAGGCCCCACUUGGCUCUGACCUCUCUCACCUCCCCCACAGCCAGUCCCAAGUCCUCUUAGUCGGCCUCCUCCGGCAGGACUGCCAAAGGCCUCGCCUCCUUUGCAUCCACACCACCUUCGGCGAAGAGUUCGUCAUCUCUUACUCCGAAAGUUGUUUUCUUCUCUUGCGGCAGAGUGCCUACAGCAUGGACUCUAGUUUCCUGCCCUUAGUGUCUGUGCGGCUUCAUGGUGGAUAUGUUUAGACUUAAGUGUCAUCUCACCGAGUCCUUACAUCUCCAUUUUACAGAUGGGGAAACUGAGGCCCAGGGAGGUUAAGCUGCCCUCCACGGUGGCAGAGCUCCUAAGUGUUGGAGGCAGGACUCAAACACUGGUCUUCUGUCUGCCUCCAAAACGGAAGCUCCUUACCGAUAUGCUACGCUGACAGCACGGGUCAGGAUGGGAGGUGACAGGCUGGGCAGAGUUCCUAACUCUGGGGCUCCAGAGACAGGAGAGAAGCUACCAUAGAUAUGCGACAGGAGCCUGUGAACACCUGAGUCCCUCCCCUGCUCAGAGCCCUUCCAUGCCUCCGUCUCACUCAGGGGGAAAGCCUGAGUCCUCACUGUGGCCAACCUCCCACAAUCUGCUUCCAUCACCUCUCUGACCUCACCGACCACCACUCAACCCCUUACUCACCCUGCUUCAGCUACACUGAACCCUAGGGUCCCUGAACGUGCCAAAAAUACUCCUACCUCAGGGCCUUUGCACUGGCCGUUCCUUCUGCCUAGAAUGCUCUUCCAGAGGCCCACAUGGGGGCUCCCUCUUUGGGACUUAGCUCGAACGCCACCUUCUCAGUGAGGGCCCCUCUGACCAUACUCGAAGUUGCAAUCCACCCCCAGUCCUGCUCAUGCCUUCCUGCUUUGUUUUUUCCCAAAGUCCUUUACCCUUCUGACAAACGAUACGUUUUUGCCUGUUUGUCUUGUUGAAUGUCUGCUCCUCUUUGCCAGAAAUGACAACUCUGGGACAGCAGGGCUUUUUAUAAUCUGUACUUUUCGCUGCUGUAUUCCUGGUGCCUAGAACGGGGCUGGCACAUGGUGGGCACCUCAGAACUGUUUGUCCAAUGCCCGCACGUCUCCUUCCCCAUGCCCGCAGGAAGGGAACGAUGUGCUGCGAAAGACCAAAGGACUAUGAGGGUCAGAGCAACGGGGCCUGUUGAGACCCAAUGGACACAGACACCCCUACCCCUUCUCAAACCUGAGCACUCCCGGCCCACCCCACAGAGACAGGCCUGACAGCUGUCAUAAAUUAAAUUUAUUUUCCAGA